AAUAAUAAUAAUAAUUUACAAUUUGAAACCAAUUCACAAGAUUUAACUAAUUCAUCUAAUAUUAAUAAUGAUAUUGAAAAUGAAAAUAUAAACAUUAUUGAAUCAUUGAAUUCUCUAACAAAAUCUUUAACUUCAACAAUUAAAAGAUCUUGUGAAAUGGAAUCAUUGAAAAAUAUUGAUCAAAUGAAAUGGAUCAAUCAAAAUAAACGUCAACGACUACAGAAAGAUAUUCAAGAUGGUAGUAUGAACGAUGAAAGACCUACAUCAAUUGUAUCGAUUGAAGAUUCAGAUGUUAUCUAUAAUUACAAAAGAAACUUACAUUCAACAAUGACAACAACCACAACGACAACUCCAUCAACUGAAAAUACCGAUGGUGAUGUUCAUUCAUUUGUAUUAGCUGAUAAUUCAAAUAAUUCGCAUGAAUCACCGCCAUCAAUUACAUCAGGAAGUUCUCCAUCUAUUUCUGAAACUCCAUUAUCACCAAGAUUACCCAUGAUACCAGAGUUAGAUAAUCCUCAAAGUGUUCUUGCUGCACUUAUUCAUCUUGGUCAUCAUAAUCGUAUUCAACAACAAUCAAAAUCCGAAAGUGAACAAAAAUCAAUAAAUCUGUGGGAGUUUCCUUACUUCUCAUCAACAUCGUUAUCAUCUUCUAUUCGUGGAUUUUCAAAUGGUACUGAAGUGUAUACAGAUCCAAACAAACUACAUUGUCAACUAACAGCACUUAUGAAUGCAUCAUUAAACAGAACUAUGCCACAUUUUCAGACCUCACCAGAUUCAAAUGAAGCUCCAUUGGAUUUAAGCGCUAAAACAACUCCGUCAGUUAUCGUAAAUUCUACUGGUGAUAAUAACUGUCAAAAUAGUUCAUCUUUUAUUCUUGAACAAAAUGCACAGAUAAUGGAUAAUGAAGAUAAUAAUGACUUUACAGUUAAUAAUCAAGAUCAAUUUCUUUCUGUCCCAUCUUUAAUUCAAACAGAACAUGUUUCUGGCGUUUAUCGUUCAACAAGUACAACCUCUAGUACAAAUGGUGGACGUAGAAAUAGAACUAGUAUUACAGCACUUCAAUCUAGAUGUAUGCAUUCGAUAUAUAAUUAUCACAAAACUCCAUCAGUACAUGAAUGUGAUCGAUUAGGUGAAAUGAUUGGUUUGUCACGACGUGUUGUUCAAGUAUGGUUUCAAAAUCAACGUGCAAAAGAAAAGAAAAUGGCACGUGUUUCAUCAGGACAAUAUAAUUUUUCAGUAAAUUCAUCUUUAUUAACUGAAAAAUCAUCACCAAUAGAUUCUUCUUCUUGUAUAGAUUCAAAUUAUUGUCAAAUAUGUUCAAUAUCUAUUCAGAAAUCAGAAAUAACAAAUAAUUCCAUGCUAACUAAUCAACAAGCAACAAAUGCUUGUAAUCAGUCAACAAAUUUUACAUCACAUGCAUCAUUUGUAGAUCAUCUUUUCUCAGCGGUUCAUUUGAAAAAGUUAUUACGUUGGUGUACAAUGGAUACUACUUAAUUAAAUUGUAUAGCCAUAAUUAUUGUAUUGUAUAUUUCUUCAUACAUCGAUUUACAUUUCAUAAUCCUUUCAAACGUUGUCAUAUAAUGACUGUUAAUUCUCCUUUCUUAAUUUUACUUCCUCUUCGUUAUUUUGAUGAUGCAUAGGAAAAUGAACAUAAAUUACCUUAAAUUGAUUAGUAAAAAUGGGUUGAGAAACCCAUAAUCCACUUUUUUCCCCCAUUCUACCCAUUGUUUUUCUUUAUACUGAUUUCUAUUUCAUUGUUCUAUCAAAUUUUACUUUACCCUGCUGUGUCUAUUAUUUCGAGAAAAAGAUCCAUUCUUUUUCAAAUAAUACCAAAUAGUUGAAGUUGUUGCAGUAAAACCAUUUAUCAGGAAAGUUUCUUUUAGCAACAAAUCACACAUUAACGACAACAUUAACAAUGAUACUACUACUACUACUACUACUACUACUACUACUACAGAUUAUUAAUUAAUAUUUGCAUAAUAUCUAUGAUUAUCCUUUUUGUUUCUUUUCUGAUCUAGUAAAACGUUUUCUUUUACUAGAAACGUUUUACAACAAAAAAAUACCUCAUGUUAAUUAUUUCAACAAUUAAUCUCUGUAAUUAUAUAUGAAUUAGUAGGGUUUUUUUCCGAUUGAUGGCAAUACCACAGAAAUGCGUUUAUAUAUAUA